UCGUCGUCCAAUUUUUUUUGGCUUUUCUGCGUUUUCUUACAGCUUUUAAACGCGUGUUUCCACGUUACAUGGAAAUAAAAUAGCAAUCCCGGUUGGAUCAAUCUUCUCAUUUAAUUUCCUUAUCGUGUACGUGUAUGCAGUAAAUAUACAUAUUUACCUAUUUGCCCCCACCAAUAGUGUAACGUCAUUAAGCAAACAAACUCAUUUGGAAUAGCCGGCAAAACACCAAAAUCCAAAGCGAAAGAAACAUCCAAAGAAUUUUGACAAAAACGCUGUGCGCUUAACGCGAGGCAUACAUCCACUUUCACGUUCUGCUGUUCUCUGCUAUAUUUUCAGUCUACUUGAACAAUACUGUCGUGCGGUUGGUUUUCUAGCGAACAUCGUAAGAAGCUAUUACCUAACUGAAUAUACCAUGUCUACUUCUGUGUAUGAAGGUGUUGAAAAGGGGCCAGCCAUUGAGGUGUUUGCCCUAAAUCGGGCAUUUUUGGAGGAUACCACACCUAAAAAGGCUAAUCUCGGAGUGGGAGCUUACCGCACUAAUGAGGGCAAACCAUGGGUGUUGCCAGUGGUGCGUAAAACAGAGAUCAAAAUUACCAGCGACGAAACAAUCAAUCACGAGUAUCUACCAGUAUUAGGUAACGACGCAUUCACUAAAGCCGCCACAGCCUUGUUGUUGGGUGAGAAUUCAGUCGCUAUUGCUGAGAAACGUGCUUUUGGCGUUCAAACCCUCUCCGGCACCGGUGCCCUACGUAUUGGCGCACAAUUCUUGCGUGUCAUUUUGAAUCGUCGCGUAGCUUAUUACUCAAAUCCCACAUGGGAGAAUCAUCAUAAAGUAUUCGCGGAUGCUGGCUUCGAAACGCUGCGUUCAUACCGUUAUUGGGAUCAAGAAAAUCGUCGAAUCGAUUUUGAGGGUUUAUUAGCUGAUUUGGAUGCUGCGCCUGAAGGUGCCGUUAUCAUAUUGCAUGCAUGCGCACACAAUCCUACUGGCUGCGAUCCCACACAGGAACAGUGGAAGCAAAUUGCCGACUUGAUCGAACGCAAGAAACUCUUCCCAUUCCUUGAUUCGGCGUAUCAGGGUUUUGCCAGCGGUGAUCCGGAGAAGGAUGCAUGGGCAGUGCGUCACUUUGUGGAACGUGGUUUUGAGUUGUUUGUCGCACAAUCGUUUGCCAAAAAUUUCGGUCUUUACUGUGAACGUGUCGGCAAUUUAACGGUGGUGCAACGCAGCGCUGCUACCUCGGAAGCGGUCGCAUCGCAACUCACAUUAUUGGUGCGUGGCAUGUACUCAAAUCCACCAGCGUUCGGCAGCCGUAUUGUUGGGACAGUGUUAAAUGAUCCUGAGUUGCGUAAGGAGUGGAUGGACUGCAUUAAAACGAUGUCAGGUCGUAUAAUUAAAAUGCGUCAGGCACUUUUCGAUCGCCUUACAGAACUCAAGACGCCUGGCACAUGGGAUCACAUUGUCUCACAGAUUGGCAUGUUCUCAUACACGGGAUUGAAUGAAAAACAAGUACGCGUGCUGAUCGAUGAAUUCCACGUUUACUUGCUGAAAUCGGGACGCAUUAACAUGUGCGGUCUCAAUGAGAAUAAUGUCGAUUAUGUGGCCAACGCUAUACACACGGCUGUUACAAAAAAUUUGUAAUUGAAGUGAAAAUUUAUGCACGCAUUUAGAAAGAGAAUUAUGACAAAAAGCGAAAAAAAUUUUAUAUUUAGCGAAAUUUUAAUAUUCAAUGGCUUUCAAAUAAGUACACACAUUAACUAAUUAGGGAAUGUUUAUUAAGAUGUACAAUGUACAAACAAACAAACAUUUAAUAUGCUAGUAGUUAAUAGACAGCAGUCCAAUAACAUCAUCCAAGCAACAACAAAACAACUGAAUAACCUCUCAAAUUGAUGACAACUCCCCCACUGAGAAAAUGAA